AUGUGUUAUGUAGGGAAAGCAACAAAGAUCUUCAUUUUCAUUGUGACUGUACUUGUAAUUCUUGGUCUUGUCUUGGUAUUUGGCCUCCUACGCCACCACCUUCAUAAAUCACAAAACUGCACUGAUGAUUCCUGUCAAUCUCCUCAGUUACCCUUCCCUACUCCUCCUCUUACUGUGCCUACUGGGCUGACCCCACCUAGUCCAAUGGGCUUCUCCCCGCCCAGCCCACCAGAUUCUGGGUCCACCCCACCACCAAGCCCACCGGACACUGGCACAACUCCUCUUCUGCUCCCACCGCCACCACCUCCUCUUCCGAUCCCACCGCCACCUCUUCCUCCUCCUGCUGCUCCAGUUACAAACGGGGCUCCACCACCGACUAAUAAUCCGCCGAGCAGUACUGUGUUGAUCACUCCAGGUCCUCUGCAUGCUUAG